AUGAGUUCUCCUCGGGAGCCAGGUGGAGAGACACCGAGACUGGAGGCCGUGAUUCAGAAGCUGGAAGAGUCCUUGCUUCACUCAGAUGGUAGUUCAUGUGAAAGGAGUAUGACAGUUCAAAGUGAUGAACAAGAAUCUGGAGGUACACCUAUCCUCACUCACAUAUGCCAGAUAAUCACUCGCAAUUUGGCUGAGCAGCCACUUGGUGAGAGCUCUGAGGUCAGGAAGCUGGAGCGGAGCAGGGCCCGGAGGGAACACCCGUCUCCCAGCCAGAUGGACCAUGACCAACUGCCACUCAAACACACCAGUCUCACAGAGAGGGUAGGAAUGGAUCAGACGCUUAUGACACAGUCAGCGUUGGACUCAGACCAGGACAGUGUGCUACUUGGAUCCAAGCAACUCCAGAACAGGGAAAUGGUUUACAGUCAAAAACUGCAGGCCUACCAGGAAGCCCAGAAGAGACAAGCCCAACUUGUUCAGAAACUUCAAACCAAGGUUCUUCAGUACAAGAAAAGAUGUGGGGAACUAGAGGACCAAGCGCGUCCAUUGGUGCGUCAGAGGGAAUUGGGGCAUUUAUGAAUCAUUAUUUUCCAGGCUCGUGUGGACUCAACUGAGAAUCAGAAGCGUGAAGAGCAGGAUCUUAACACUGCUAUCCAAAAAAAGUCCGAUCAGCUGCAGAAGGAGCAGAGGAAGUGUGCCAGCCUCAGCCAAGUGAACUCUAUACUGAGAGAACAACUGGAACAUGCAGAAAUUGUCAACAAGGGGCUUGCAGAGAAGAUAUGGAAAGCCCAUGAAGAUGCUACACAUAUAAGCAGAGAACAACAGACGUGCGCCUCUCUGUCGAGUCACGAACAAGCUCGUGUCAGAGCACUGUGGCGCCAGGCUGCCUCCCUCCGGACCACUUUCACCCAACUAAGGACUUUCACUGACAGAAGUCUAUCUGAUAUGCACGGGGAGUGUGUCACCGUGAGCCGGCAGCUACGAGUCGCCUGUUUGAACUUAGAGGCCAGAGUGACGGAAGAGAGUCCCCGUCGAUGGGCAGAGACGGUCGCUCUGGAGAUGCAGCUGAAAGACAAGCUGAGAGAGGCCAUGCAGCACCAGGCUGGCUGGGAUGCAGAGAAAGUCAAGCUUAACUCAAGAAUCCUAGAGUUGACUGACACCUUGAAACACCUCCAGAAGCAGAAAAGUGAGAAGGAUGGAGGCCUCGGCAACAUGUGGACCGGUCUGGACAGGAUGGAGACAAGGAGUGCUGAGGAUAAAGCAGAGAUGGAAAUACUCCACACAGAGGUCCAAGCUCUCCAAAGGAUUUUAUACCAUAUUUACCAGGUUCUACGUGUUUGUUUGGAGUCGGCUCUAAAGCAAGUGGAUGCAUUUCAUGAUCACCUACAGAAGGUAGACCAGGAAGUGCAGAAGGAGUGUCAGGAGGCUGAAGAGGACAACAACAAAUAUCGCCUCUCACUGGAGCUUAUUUCCAAUGAGAGAGGGAGCCUGAAGAAGCUGCUUGCAGCGAUGCAGCAGGAGGUGGACUCCCAGCACGCUGAGCGUGAGCUACUACGGAGCUCAUCCCUGGACCUUCAGAGAGAGCGGGACCUCCUCAGGCAGCAGAGGGAGGACCUGGAAAUGCAGCUGGCAUGCCAGCGCACAGAAGCCCAAAGAGGGGAGAGGAGUCUGCAGGAGCUUGAAGAAAAGCACUCAGAUGUACGCAAGGAACUUAUUACAGUAAAAGAGGCUCUGAGUCAAAUUACUCUGCAGAAAGAGUUGUUGGAGGAUGACAAGGCCAGUCUUGCUCUGGCUCUAACCAAGAUGAAGUCCCAGACCGCCGCUAAGGAGUGUGCUCUGACCAAACAGCAGAAUGAUGAGGCUGCUCUAAAAGACUCCCUUGCCAAAAUGGUUGCUCUUAGUGAAGGUUUAGCCAAAGACAAGGUGGAGCUCAAUCGCAUUGUGCUGCAGAUAGAGGGUGAGAAGUCGGAGCACAGUGAACGUAGACGGGAAGCUGAGAUGGAGCGAGUAGCGGCCAGAGAGGACGCAGCACGGGCACAGAAGGAGAUGAUAAAUCUCCUUGCUGAGAAACAAGCCCUGGAGACCUUACACACUCAAUUACAAGAGCUCUGCCAGAAGCUGGAAGCAGAGCUGAGCAUCGUGCAGAAGGAGAAGGCUGGGGCCCUGGAGGAGCACUCCCAGGUGAAGAGGCAGAUGCAGUCUCUGACAGAGGAGCUGUGUGCGUGCAGGACGGAGCUGGAGGCGAGCGCCGCAGCCGUAAAGAGAGCUGCCCAUGACAAGGAGGAGCUGGCCAUGGACAAGGCGGCUCUGGAUGUCAAGUUAAACGCGGCUGACCGAAAGGCUUGUGGUCUCACGCAUGAGCUGGUUGCGUUGAGACUGGAGAAGACGUCCCUGGAGACGGCUCUGUUUGAGAGCCAGGAGCUUUCUGCAUCUCUGGAGGCUAAGUGCACCAGGUUGGAGGCUGAAUGGCGUAGCUUGAUUCUGGCUAACAAGGCCUUGACGCGUGAUGUUGCCCAGGUGCGUCUGGAUGCUGAGCGACAGUUUGCACAAGAUGCACAAAACCAACGUGAGUUGAAGGAGAAGCUUACUCGGGUGGAGAGGAAUGCUUUGUUGACAUCGAACAACACAAAGCAACUUCACAGAGAGCAGUUGGAGGCUGAACGGCAGCAAAAGGAGCAGCAGUUUUCAGAGCUAACGGUUCAGCGGGAACAGGCUGAAGAGCAGCUGCGCAGACAGUGUGAUGACCUGCGUGUGCAGAGCCAAAAGGAGCUGCAGCAGGUGCAAGAGGACCUGGCUAAGCUACAGAAGGAUUUCAGUCAAAGCCUCCUUCAGGCCGAAAGUGAAAAGCAGCAGGCUUUGUCCCAAAACGAGGCAGAGAAGGCUGUCCUCGCAGAGAAAGUGGCAUCCCUGCAACAGGAUUUGCACACAGCAGACAUGGAGAUGAAACGUAUACGGAGAGAGACCGUCAGCAAAGAUGAGCAGGACAAGAAUACAAUAGCUCUUCUUCAGUCUGAGUUGCAAGACCUGCAGACUCAGUUUGAAGAAUCCUUGAAUUCCCAUCAAACAUCCACCAAGAGCCUCACAGAGCAGGUCAAAGAAGUGAACGAGCAAAAAGAGAGCGCUAAACAAGAGUUAGAGGUUCUUCGUCAGCGGCUGAAGGUGGCAGAGGAUAGCCUGAUUAAUGGGCAGAGAGAUCUAAUUGAGGCUCACAGCAAACUUCAGGGUUGUGCAGAGCAGCAAAACAAGCUACGGAAGGAAGCACAGGACCUGAGACGAAUGUUGGGUGAUGAGACCAGAGAAAAAGAGGCCAUGGAAGUCUCCAACCAUAAGCUUAGAGCGUUCAUCAAAAGAGCAGAGAGUGAUAACAGCAGCCUGAAACGAGCUCUGGAGGAGAAGGAACAGAAAGUGUCCUACCUAGAGGAAUGUCAGAGCUCAAUGCACCAACAGACCUCCACCCUAAGGAGCAGUAUGAGAGAGGUGGAGAAGUCUCAUCUGCAGGCACGCAGAGAUCUGCAGGAGUUACGUAGACAGGUAAAAGUCCUUGAAGGCAAGAAGAGCCAGCAGAAACAGGAACUGCUGGAGCUGCAGGCCCGGGUUUGUCAUGAGAAGCAGAAGGAGGAGGAGGCACGUCAGGAGGCUUUCACUCUCAGGGAGCGGCUGCUGAAGUGUGAGGCUUGCAAGGAAGCAGUGCUAAAUGAGGUUGAAGGUCUUGAGUUUCAUGUAAUGGAAUUGGAAACAGCCAAGAAGCAAAGCCAAGAGCUACUGCAGGAGAAAGACGCUUAUCUGCAGGAGAGUGACCAAAACCAUAGUGAAGCCACCACUCAGCUGGAGGCAGCACUAGAGGACUCCAAGACCCGAGUCAUGGAACUCUCUCUGCAUGUUGGUCUUGUUGAAAACAAGACCCAAAGUCUGGAGCAGGAGCUGGGUCUAAGCAAUGCCAAAUGCAGGGAUCUUGAGCAUCAGCUGGCAAGGCUGUAUUCUGCUUUGCGCUGCACUUUUGGCAUCAACCAUUCAAGGAUACAUGAAAAACCUAGGUUGCUAAAAUGGUCUCCAUCUCCACGGAGAAGACACUUGUAUGGGAAAGGGGAACAGAAUGACAUUGAGGGAUCUGUGCUGUCCUUCCCUCAUGAUGAAGAUGAAGAGUUGAAUGUGGAAUCCAUGCACACAGCCGUGCAAGAAUUCCAGCAGAAACUCUGGGAUGCACAGAGAGAAAGGGAUGAAGCCAAGACUCAGAUAGUCAAUCUGAGUCAACAUAUAACUGAACUCAAAGGCUGCGAGAAGAAAUCAGCCACCCAGCUACUGGAGCUACAGAGCUCUUUGAAACAAUUGGAGAAAGGAAAACAAGAACUAGCAGAACAAUUGCAUAAGGCGCACACUUCCCUUUCUCUGCAGCAAGAUGUAGUGUAUCGUGCUGAGAGAGAGAGGAGAGGCCUUGAAAGUGAGUUGGCUCAACUCAGGACCAGUUUUCAAGCAGCUCAGACUGAUUCCAGGGCCCUGCAGGACAAGUUGGAUGCCUUUCAGAGGUUAGAAACAUGUGCUAAUUCAGAACAGCACAAGUUAAAACGGUCUUUGGAGGCAUCAGAGAACAGAGGGAACAAUCUGGAGCUCUCCCAGCGCACCCUUGAGGGUGAACUGCAGAGGGCCCGGCUGAGAGCAGCAGAGCUGGAUGCAGAGGUCCGGGCCCUCCAGGAGAGACUGACAGACAUGAGACGGAAACUGGGUGAAAGUGAGGACCAAUGCGCGUCGCUACGGGUCAGCGAGAACAGGCUGGCCACGUCACUGGCUCGAGCAGAGCAGCAUGAGAGCAAGCUGAGAGAGCAGACUCACAAACUUUCAAACACCCUCAGUGACAACAGGACCAGCACUGAAGGUCUGCAGGAGCAAGUGACACAACUGCAGAGGGCUUUGACUUCCAGUGAGCAGGACCGAAGGCUGCUGCAGGAACAUCUGGAUAAAACCCGGGAUGCUCUUUCAGAGUGUAAGAGCCUGAAACACACACUCACAGACCAGACCCAGUACCUUCAAAGAGCCAAAGAGGACUCAGAGUUUAAAAUCUCUGAGCUGGAGAAACACAACAGGACACUGAAGGAGAGCCUGAAGCAACAGCAGGAGGCUGAACUGCAGUCUUCUCAGCAGCUGCACGGAGAGAAGGAGGAACUCCAAGAUAAGCUCAACAGUCUGCAGAGCUCUCUGCAGAAGCUUCGGAAUGAGAGAGCAGAAAUGGAAAAGGUCCUGACAUGCCUUGGUAAAGAAAAAUCUGCCUUUAGAAAGGCACUAGAGAAGGUAGAGAUGGAGAGGUUGAGGAUGGAGGAGCAGGCAGCAUCUGCUGCUAGAGAGAAAACGCAGUUGGAGCAGACCGUCUGCGACCUGGACCAGGAUCUGGCUGAGAAGCAGGACUGGCUACAGACUCUGCAGGCCCAGAUUUCACAGUUGGAGCAGUCUCAUGCACAGCACCUCCUGGAGGUAACAGCCCAUCAUAACAACCAAUUGGAAUUGGAGCGGGAUCGUGUGAGGGACAGUGAACUCCAAGCACAGCGAGCCAUGGAAACCAGGGAGACGGCGCAUCACCAGAGGGUCCAAUGCUUGGAGGAACAGGUGCUGAUUCUCAAAGACCAGGUUGAUCAGGAAACGAGAAGACGCCAGGCUUAUUUUAAUUGGAUGCUGCAGCCCGGUGUGUAGGGAGUGCAGUAUGUGGCCCCUCUGUCUUUUUCCCUUACUGUACUGCUGGCAGCUUCCCAAGACCUGUAUGUUUGGAGCUACAUCCUCACUCACAAGCACACAAACACACUCCCAAGGCAGUUGCACCCACCCUGUACAUGUGCACACAAGAUUACAUUAAUCUGCAGGAACACUCCACGACAACAAACAAUGAAUGUUUUGUUUAUGAGUGAACUGCAUUUGCCAAAUUGUUUUAUGGAUUUCCUGUUGCUCACUAUAUUUUCUAUGUCUCUAUGUCUUUUUUUUUUCUUUUUCAGGGAAACAAUGUGGUGAAAGAUGUAAUUAGUUGGUGCUUUCUUCUUUUCUUAUGAUCUUGUAGCAGUUUUAUAUCUAUAUACAAAUAGAGAAAUAUUUCAAUAUAUUGCAAUCAUGUUUUGUUUGGUGUAAAAUGUAA